UUUACAGAGGUAAACUGUGUCAGUUCUUUUACUAUUACAGUUCAUCGUGGCCCUGUCGUUCGCCUCCUUCACCAAAGCUCUGUCAGGGACCUACAUGAAGAGUGCCAUCACUCAGAGAGACACUUUGACCUGUCCUGCUCUCUCAUCGGACUCAUAGACAGCAGCUUUGAGAUGGGUUUCAACAAUAACAUUGAGUUGCUUGAGAAUUCAUGUAGUAAAAACCAGAUACAGACUACAGUAUGAUCCAUUUUUUUUGUGGUUCAAUCAGAGUCUGCUCUCAAUACUGUCCAGUUUUAUAGUUGUUCCUAUUAAUUGAUUGACUGGCGUUUGUCCAUGACUCUACUGUCAAACCCCUAACAUUGUUGUAUUUGAUGCUAUGUUGUUGCAGCCUAGUAUCCAAACUGAUAUACCAUUUUUAGUUGAAAAAAAACAGUGUUUAUAAUUUGCAAUUCCUGACUUCUGUAGUGUUGUGGUUUCUUGCAGGUAACCUGCUGUUCCUGGCUGUGGUCAGCCAUUUUGGGGCGAAGCUGCACCGGCCCAGGCUCAUUGCUAUGGGCUGUUUCCUCAUGGCUGUAGGAUCCUUCCUCACAGGCCUGCCACACUUCUUCAUGGGACGGGCUAUCAGGAGAGCUACCCAGUCCCAGAGGGCCAUCGUGUCUUCAUCAGUGAUGCCAGACUUCUGCAGAUGCAGAGAGCUGAGAGAGAGACCAUGGAAGCAAAGCAAAGAAAGAUAAGUGCUAUCCAUGAGAAUUAUGUCCGGACUGCUCUCAUCGGGGUUGGCAGCACCUUCGCGCACCACUUCGUCCCCUCUAUUCAGUGCAUUCCGUGGCCGAAAGCUCCACCGAGGCCUUUGCCACGAAGGCUUGAGCACAUAGCUCUGGCCCCACUGAAGAACGUGGUGGGGGUGGACGGAGCCCAAGUUCGACCCGGAUCUCACUCUCUGGAGUCCAUCCAGGUAAAUAAGUCAUUCAGCAGCAGUAACGUGUGGCCUGUUCCCGUCCCUCCCACUGGAGCUCCCUCCAAGAGGGGCAAGAAGAAGAAGGGCAGGCGGGGAGUCAAAGCCCUGAAAGUCCAGUCGGAUCAGGGCUGUGCUGACAACAACGGACCCAUUGACCUGAUGGAGGAGGUGAGGGACAUCGAGCCUCACCUGAAGGAGGAGGCCUGGAAGGUGGUACAUGAGGUGAAGGCCAUGGGCAGGAGAAGUUUGGGCUCGGCCAUGUCCAUGGGGGAAAUAGCCACCAGCUCUCUGGGAAGCCUGAGCUCAGUGGAUAUGAACACCCCUGCGGAGCUCCGUGACUACUUGGAUGUUGGGACCCCGGUCAAGUUGCGUGACAGCCCACCCAGGCCUGCUCCCCCUCCUACCAAGCCCAGGAGCAAACAGCCUCGGCCUAUAAGGUUCCUUAGCCUGCCAAAGGCUGCCACCGGCUCAGACAAUAAGGCAGCCAGUGAGCCAAAGGGCCAAAUAAAGAACCAGGCCAGAUUGCAGCCCCUGUCCAACCCAGAGCAGGCCCUGACUAAGACCUUCAAGCUGCUCCACUCUCCCUCUGAUGACUGGGAGAAGAAGAUCGAGGGCUUGACCUCUCUCCGUGUGAUGGCUCAGAACCACAUGGACAUACUGAUGCCUAAACUCCAUGAUAUCUGCCUUGCCAUUAUAAAUGAGGUGAAGAACCUGCGCUCUGCAGUGUCUUGUGCUGACAGUGAGGUGGAGGGGACGGCACGCGUGCUGCUGCACAAAGCCAGCAAGGCCAACGCCUUCAUCCGGCAGGGCGCCAACUUUGCCCUGGGUCACAUGGUGCAGAGCUGCACCCCUACACGUGUCAUGAAUGCCCUGCUGGUCGGUGGGCUGAGCCACCGUAACGCUGCGGUGAGGAGCUGCACUGCUCAGCACCUGGAGAGACUGGCUGAGGUCAUGGGGACGGCUCGUCUCCUGUCGGGGAAGAAAGACCUCACUGACCGUUUCUUGAUUGCCGUCAGUAAACUGGCUGUGGACCCUUCACAGGAAGUCAGGUUGUUUUGCCUAUUGAUGGCAGCUGUGGGCAUACAAGCACAACAGACACCUUCUAUAAAUGACCUCAACGCUGAAUGCCUUGGUAACGUUAUUCGUUUGAGUGUCGCUCCUCUUUUUGAAGAUGUUGACGCUGUCUUCAAUGACACACAAAUCAUAAACCUGACGCCUGGCCUUGCUACUCAGUGUGGAUUCAGCUUUAAAUUUGACCCCAUGGGGAAUGCCAUGUUUUUUGCUUCUCUUCAAAACUGCUUUUCCCAAAACAUGGAUGAUAAGAUGUUCAGCUUGGUCAUGCAGUUCAGGCUGCCAGGAAACCACAUGACUGAAGACCCUGUUUAUAGAGUUGGCAAAACCUGUAGCUACACCCCCUGGACCUCCCGAGAGAUUCUGUGCGACCGCAACUACAUGGAGGUGUCUGUCAGAAGGACUCUUCCAGACAUCCAAACCAUCCCCAAACAGCCCACUGGGGGCCCGAAAGCAAGGAGCGGCAACUUCCGGAGGGGAGCUGAGGCUGUUGCUUCAGGAUACAAAAUGACAGCAGUCGUCUUUAGUCCUAGCAAGAAUGUCAUGAAUGUGGAUGAGGUCCAAAGAAAGGGCUAUGCAAUAGCCAACACUCCCACACGGCUGGUGUUAAGAAGCCCUCAUAAUGCAGAGGAGACAUACCUCCAGAAUGUAGCUGGGGUUCCGAUGCGGGUGCUCUCAACCUCAACCUUCUUUGAGCAGAAGUGGCUGGUUACUCGAGUAGAUGCCACGGCUGUUUGUCCAACACCAGAGGCAGUGGCCUUUACUCCAGAAGUGAUCACCUGGUACAUGCCCAAGCACAUAGACCCACUUUUCUCCUCUGAUGCCUUCACCAUGUUGGAGGUGUACAUGGGAAUUGACGCUAAGAGGCUGGACACUGAGGAAAUGGCUGCCAGAAACUACUCGGUUUUAGUCACAGAGGCUCAUAUUAUUGUUGAAAUUCCGGUGGGGGCGGUUGGCGGCUACUUCAAGAGCCAUAUUCAGGAUGACCAGUACUUUGUCACUUACACCAUUGAGCCCAUGCUUGAGUUGCUGUGGAUCGAGGAGGUCGCACACGAGAACACCAGCUAUAAAGUCCUCUUCCCUAUCACAACACCUCCGAUGGCCAGGCCUCCACAAGUUCGCAACUACACGCCCUUAGACACAGUUCCUGAGCAGGCAGUGUUUGUGCUUGAGUUGGGGACCUUCAACCUUGAUGUGGAGCUGCUGAACAUCACCUUUCCCACCAUGGUGCUAACUGUUGCAGAGUGCAACGCCAGGGGCUUCAAUGUUCAAGAGCAGAGAUCCCCGGACAACACCUUGAAGACCUUCAGGAUGGAGGUGCCCUUCUCAGACCCGGUGGUCUUUAAGGAGAGAAGGGCGGAACAAGGUGUCACAACCUUCACUCUUCAGCUGAUCUACGGCCUGGUCAUCUUUCCAGAGUACGCUCCUUUCUCUCACUCUGCCGUUGUGGACGCUGUACUGCUGGACAUUGUGCCACCCUCAGUCACUGGCAACUGUGAUCAGGAGAACUUCCACAUCACUGUGGACUACAGGAACCAAGAGCCCUUUUUUGUGGUCUUGGUUGGCAAGCGGCUGCUUAACCAUGAGUUUGCUCAACAGUAUUUAACAGAGGGCGACACAGACUUCACCAUCACGUUGCCCUUCUCUUCGCCGGACGCAGUGUUUGAGUCGGUUCACUCGUCCUCUGUCAGGAGCAGACUGGAUGUGGCUCUGUUGAAUCCUUACAACAACAUGACCAUCAAAUACUUUUCCCUGGCUUGCAGCUUCCUCAAAACGCUGACUGAGUGUUUCUCUAACGGAACGAUGACUGCGCUGGCAGUGAAGGUGGAGUCUGCUCCCGGUCUGAACCCCGGUCAGCUGACCCUGAGCGACCCCGCCUGUGGUCCCACCUACAGUGACGAUCGCUUCGCCUACUUCCACUUCACUGUGAACUCCUGUGGCACCACCAGGAAGUUUAUCAACAAUGUCAUGCUGUAUGAGAACGAAAUCUCCUUGCCAGAUGAACUUGAGGUGAAGCUGAAUGCCACGACGUCUUCAGAGGAGGAAUAUCAGUUAAAGGUUUCCUGCUACUAUGUGGCCAACAUCACUCGCACAUUGGCCUUUCUGACCAGGCCGCGUGACAACGAGCCUUUUGCCGAGACUGGGACGGGUCGACUAAUGGUCAGAAUGAGACUCGCUCAGGACGCCUCGUAUAACACGUUCCACCAGGAGGAGGACUAUCCAGUGGUGAGGUACCUUAGACAGCCUCUGCACUUUGAGGUGGAGCUGACCACGUCCUCUGAUCCCAAGGUAGCGCUGGUGCUUGACCACUGCUGGGCCACCCUCAACGAGGACCGUGACUCCCGACCCCGGUGGAAUCUCAUCAUUAAUGGCUGUGAGAACCCCGAGGAUCCAUACCGUGUGGUCUUCCACCCGGUAGAAGUUGACGCCAGGGUCCACUUCCCCUCUCACGUCAAACGCUUUGAGGCCUAUAUGUUUUCCUUCGCCGAGGAUGCGGUUGAGCAGAGUGGCCAGGUCUUUGUCCAUUGUGAUGUGGUCAUCUGUGAUGCCAGUAGUCCCACUGGCGGCCCCUGUAGUGGACAAUGUGUGAAUCAGGACAACCUGAAAAGAGAUCAACGACAUGUCAAAGACCUCUUUGAGGAGCGUCAUGUAUAUGUUUCUUCUGGAUACAUUCUUUGGGUGUAAUGUAUUGUUCUAACAUGACAAAUAAAGUAUUCUAUAUAAAACAAUCCUAA